ACCGGCGUCUCGGCCGCGGCCGGGCACAUGUCACUUAUGAAUAUGAGGCGUUAUGAUUAUGAAAUAUGCCCCGCCCUGAAUAUUGAAUAUAGAGGAGGGAGAGCUCGGAACGCGUGCGAAUGGGCGAAGUUUGAUUUAUGAGCCGGGGCCGGCCCCGCCUCCCUGUCAUAACCGUGUACCUGGUGCGCGCGCGCGCGGCCGCCGCCCGCCGCUCGGCUCAGUCCCGCGUCAGAUGGCGAGAGGAGCGCCCGGCUGUUCGUCCGUGCCGCACUCUAAGUGACCCGGCCGCGAGUGAGCCCUGUGACCGCCUGACGGCCUGCCAUGCGCCGGCUGUGACCCGCCAGCCCCAGCGCGCUAGCCAUGCCGCGCGUCAAGCCUGCCUGCGUCCGCCGCGUCUCCAUCGGUGAAAGUUCGGGGUCAUGUUCUGAAGAAGAAAUUAACAAUGUUUUGCCUGAAGACCUCCGAGAUCGCCCUGAAACGCACAUGUGCCCCAGAUGUCAGGAGCAAUUCGAAAAUUUUAACGAUUUCUUGUAUCACAAACGACUUUGCGAUGAAAAAGCAAUUCAAAUGGGUGAAGAGAGAAUGCACUCAGAUCCUGAAGACAUGGUUGUGUCUGGGGACGAAGAAAUGGAUAGCCCCAACAAACGAUUAGAGCAAGUAAGAAGGCAUCGUCAGGAUGCUGAAAAUAAUAAUAGUCUAGAAGAUGGGGAAGCCGAAGUACCUGAAGCUGAUGUUCCUCCUGUUGGAUUACCAUUUUCGGUAGCAGGGCAUGUGACACUAGAAGCACUUCAAAAUACGAAGGUUGCCGUAGCACAGUUUGCUGCAACAGCAAUGGCCAAUAACGCCAACAAUGAAGCUGCUUUACAUGAGCUGGCAGUAUUACAGAGUACGUUGUUCACAUUGCAGCAUCAGCAAGUGUUUCAACUUCAAUUAAUAAGACAGUUGCAAAAUCAAUUAUCAUUAACGAGGAGAAAAGAUGAUCAACCACCAAGUCCAUCGCCGGUUGAACAAGAAGCGACCGCUCCAUCGACUCCGGUUCGAUCACCAUCACCGCCUCGUCCGCCACGGGAGCCAUCUCCUGCUGCACCAACUCCUCCCAGUAGCCAAAGCUUGCCAUCGACCCACUCGCAUAUCACACCUAAAAUUGAACCGAUUUCCAUCCCGAAACCGCCAACCGCAUCUCCACCUAUGAUGUCACAUCCACCCUACAGCUCCAUUUCGUCAUCAUUAGCUUCUUGUAUUAUCACGAAUAAUGAUCCUCCACCGUCCCUUAAUGAACCAAAUACACUUGAAAUGCUACAGAAGCGAGCGCAAGAAGUACUUGACAAUGCAUCACAAGGCUUAUUAGCAAAUAAUUUAGCCGACGAACUGGCAUUUAGAAAAUCUGGCAAAAUGUCACCCUAUGAUGGAAAAAGUGGAGGUAGAAAUGAACCGUUUUUCAAACACAGAUGCAGAUAUUGUGGAAAAGUUUUUGGAAGUGACUCUGCACUCCAAAUACACAUACGGUCUCAUACAGGCGAGCGACCUUUUAAAUGUAAUGUUUGUGGAUCAAGAUUCACAACAAAAGGAAACCUUAAAGUCCACUUUCAAAGGCAUACAUCUAAGUUUCCACACGUAAAAAUGAACCCGAACCCAGUGCCAGAACACUUAGACAAAUACCACCCUCCACUACUUGCACAACUAUCUCCGGGGCCAAUUCCAGGGAUGCCCCCACAUCCUCUUCAGUUUCCACCUGGCGCACCAGCUCCAUUUCCGCCAAGCUUGCCAUUAUACAGACCAACGCAUCAUGAUUUACUUCCUCCUCGCCCACUCGGCGACAAGACACUAACACCACACCCAUUAUUUACAAUGAGAGAAGAGCAAGAUGCACCUGCAGAUUUAAGCAAACCUUCUGCACCCAGCCCAUCAAGAUUAACAUCUGAGAUGUUUAAGUCUGAACCACAAGACGAUGAGAGCCAACGCGAUUCUAGUUUUGAAGAAACUGACCGAAUAUCACCUAAGCGAGAGCCAGAGGAGAAUGAACCCGUACAUGACGCAGAACAAGAUCGAUAUCCUUCCACUUCACCCUACGAUGACUGCAGUAUGGACUCGAAGUAUAGUAAUGAAGACCAAAUCGGAAGAGAGAGCCCUCACGUGAAGCCGGAUCCUGAUCAACCGGAAAAUCUUUCAAGUAAGAAUCGGUCGAUAACUGGACCAAUUUCAAUAGCAACGGGACUUCGUACUUUUCCAAGUUUUCCAUUAUUUCCUCAUUCCCCUCCUAGCAGUAUCUCCUCGGAUUGUCACAAUCCAUUUCACAACUUUACUCAGACGGUCGUUGAACCAGACCUUACUAGAGAUCCUAUGUUAUAUAAUUCACUUCUCCCUAGACCGGGCAGCAAUGAUAACUCAUGGGAAAGUUUAAUUGAAAUAACGAAAACUUCAGAAACAUCCAAGUUACAGCAAUUAGUUGACAAUAUUGACAAUAAGGUGUCUGAUCCAAAUGAAUGUAUUGUGUGUCAUCGUGUUCUUUCUUGUAAAAGUGCUUUGCAAAUGCACUACCGAACUCACACCGGUGAGAGACCAUUUCGUUGUAAAUUAUGUGGUCGAGCAUUUACUACUAAAGGAAAUCUUAAAACCCAUAUGGGUGUCCACCGCAUUAAACCUCCUUCUCAAAUUUUACACCAAUGUCCUGUUUGCCAUAGAAGGUUUCCUGAUCCGAAUAUUCUCCAUCAACACAUUCGAACACACACAGGCGACCGUUACAGUACCCCUUUCGAUCAAUUAGUGAUUCGCGACGUAGCCGACAAUCAAUCAGUAAGCAAUAAUGACUCUGAAUAUGGCCCUUUCUUUUCUAUUCCAACCCCAACCUUUCCAACACCGUCCACUCCCGGCGACCGUUGGGCGGACUCCCGCGGAACCGACGAUGAGAGCGGCCGUGACGAGCGCGAGCUUCCUACUCGGGAGUUCGACGAUGAAUCUGAUAAUGUAAAGGAUCGUCGAACUUCGCCGCUCUCCGUCUGCGCCCCGGCGUCCGAAUGCGAAAUGAAAACCAUCACCACAACGGCUUCCCUCCCAUCGGCGACAGGUUCGGAGAGCGGGCGGAGUGCGCGAGCUUCACCGCCAUCACCGUCCCCGCCGCCGUCGGCGCUGUCUACGCCGCCAGGGCUGCCGCACCAUUCACCGCUGCCCUCGCCGCCUACGCCCCUGGCUGCACUGGGUGCCCUCGGCGGAUCGCCCUUCAGCCCGCUCGGACUCGCGUUCCCUCCCGCAGUGCGUGGAAACACAACGUGUACCAUCUGCUACAAAACCUUUGCGUGCAACUCAGCACUCGAGAUACACUACCGAAGUCACACUAAGGAGCGACCUUUCAAAUGCACCGUCUGUGACAGAGGCUUCUCUACUAAGAGCAGUGGCGGUUGCCAAUGCGGCAGGCGCGCACGUGCCCCACGCCCGCCACACGCCACUGCUUUGGACCUCUGGAACGCCUUCGUCUAUCCGGGUAACAUGAAGCAACAUAUGCUUACGCAUAAAAUACGGGAUAUGCCACCAAGUUUCGAUAAGAAUGGAAGUAACCCAGCGAGCAGUGAAGAUGGGCGGGAACCAAGUCCCGAGAGGCGAUCGUCACCCGAUAAAAUGGAUCUGAAGCGGUCACCCCCAGUACAUCCGCCACCACCCAUGAAUCACCCGCCCCCUAUUGAUAUGCCACCUUUGCCAAAGAGACCUACAGUGCCAAGUGCGCCUGUACACCCGCCACUCUCAGCAUCAUCAAAGCAUUUAUGCGGAGUGUGUCGCAAGAAUUUCUCGUCUUCGUCAGCUCUUCAAAUUCACAUGCGGACUCAUACGGGCGACAAACCAUUCCGCUGCGCAGUCUGCCAGAAAGCUUUUACUACAAAAGGAAAUCUAAAGGUUCACAUGGGAACUCACAUGUGGAGCGGAGGAGCAUCACGACGCGGGCGUCGUAUGUCGCUGGAGCUGCCACCACGGCCCUUGCACGAGCCCCAUGAUCUGCUGCGACGACCUGAUCUAUUCUACCCCUAUCUCCCUGCGCCCUUUCUUAACGGCAUGCAGCAAAAGCUGAAUGAAAUAUCGGUGAUACAACAAAGCGCUGGGCAGAACGGAGUAGCCGGUAAGUUCCCGGGUCUCCUUGGCUUCGGUGCGUUUGGGGCUGGUCGACCAGGUGCAGCGUCACCGUUGGAAAGGCCGCCAUCCUUGGAGAACGAUGAACGUCAAGCUGCCAUGAGGGAGUUAGCUGAACGCGGGCGGGAACUUGCUGAAAGACGGCAGAUGCGCGAAGAGAGUGAUCAUUACAGAUCUCCUGUCCACGCUCCGCCUACACCCGCGCAGCCUUCCUCCCCCGCGUCACAUCAUCCGCAUCAACAUCCUUUAGCCUCACUACCACCACCCGCUAGAACCGAAGGUCUCACCGUCUGAACCUCUAGAUAUCGAUAAGGGGACUUUUCUCACUUCAGAGAGCAUCACUGUUCCUUAAAUCACAGACUACAUUUGUAAAUAAACGGUCUAAAAAGGUGCAAAUAAGUGACGGAUAGAAAACUGAUGACAAAACGCAAUACGACUUUAUGGACAGUGGUGCGAUCUGAGCUUAGCGUGAUCCCAUUGAUCGUCGACGACCACAUUCCAAAGACCGAUAGCGGGCAAGUCACCAACGAUCAAGUAUUCUCAAAUAUGUACAAAGAAAAAGAGUACUCAAAGUGAAGGACUGAUCUUAAAUGUAUUGUGUUAGCGUAAGACACGUAAGUGUAUCGAUGUAUUUAUAGUCGUUAUUCCAAGUGUUAUUACGCCUAUAGUAUUACUAUAAGUAUGCACGAGUACGGGCCGGGGGCAAUGCGGGAGCAAUCCCACUAUAUGUCAUUACUCUGUGAUAAUGCACAUGAAGAGGCUGUGUCUUUCGGACAGAAGUAUGAAAUCAGAUAUAUUAGAUGCAGUCGAAUGUGCUUCAACAUCAAAAGUAAUUAUAAAUUAUCCCAAAAAUUAAUUAUUCAUAAAUCUAUAUCGUAAAUUGUAAAUAAAAUGUAUAAUAUUUAGUUUUGUAAGUAAAAUAGUUAAAUUACGUAAAUUUAUGCUAUAUCUAUAUAAUUAUGUAAGUGGAGUGCGCUAUGCAUGAUUUUCUUUAAAACCACAUUCCAAUGUGAAGAGAUUCUACUUUGUGUCACCAAAGAUUCAUCAGAGUUAAGGCGACAAAGAAUCUCCUUUGGCAACGAAAAUUUUAUACUUGUAAUGAACGAAAUGUGAAUACGACAAUACAAUUAUUUAAUAAAACACUUUAUAACUAGGGUACUGUAGUUGGCACUACCACACAAUUUAAUAAAAAUAUUUUUUUAAAAACCCCACUUUGAAAUAGACCGAUCAAAUGCUUGCUGGGUUUAAACGUAUUAUUAUUAUUUUAAAAUUAUCGUAUUGUCGUAUUCAUGUGGUACAGGGGAAUGUACUUACUUUACAUUAUUAACUUAUUCUCGCUCUAAGUACUCAAUAUAUUUACUAUAAUAUUUAACUGUGGUAACAGAGGAUAAUGACAUAUUCAUAUCAUGUAAAUUAAAAAGUAUUUGCAUUUGAGGUCUACAUAGAUUUAAGUGAUAGCUAUAUUUCUUUAGGAUAUUUCAACAUAUCUCUGUAAAAAUAUGUAUUAGAUAUUCAGACUGUUUAAGUUCAUUUCCAAAAAUGCAUUUCGAUGUACCUAAUCUGUUUUUUUCAAACUUAGAUGUGUAUAAAUGUUCUACUAAAUUAUUUAUAUUGUCAAAUCAUGCAUACACUCUUAGCGCCAAGUUCACCGAUGUGUUCACGAACCGUUUUAAUUAAACUGAAUUAAGCCAAUGAGAAAAGCGGGCCGUUAAAACGUCGAUGAAUUUGCGCCUUAGUAUUAACGCUUGGGGGACGCUAGGUCUCAAGUUUAGUUGUCUAGAUUAAAUUCUCAUAGCACCUACAAUAUAAUUUUCAUGUUGCGAAUAGAUAUAGAGUAGUGUAGUCAUGAAUAUGAUGUGUCAUGUCCAUGUCAGUAUAAACGAUCAAGUGUAAAUUAUUAAAUGUUUAUGUAAAUGUCCAGAAAGUAUUCAAAUUAUUUAAAAAACAAUUAUUACACUUAUUUUUCUUUUUUGUUCUCCUUUACCUUAAUCCCGUUUUUGUUUCUUAUAUAAAAUUUCUCAAAUACAGAGUAUAUAAACAAAAAAGUUAUUUUAUAAAACUUGCGACAAA